AUGGCCGCACACCAGCCAGGACUGCGCAGACCAAUAUUGCAGCUGGAUAAGGCUGCUGCAACAAAAGCUAAACUAAGGCUUCCUGCUCGGACGUCUGAUACAGUCUCGCACCUCGACAACUACCUUGAGAUUCCAAUACCCGAAUCGCCUAGCCUCAGCAAAUCUCUAUCCGAAUCUUUUAGUUCCGGAACGCUUGCAUCUACACAUGAUUCAAUCACUUGCUCCUAUUGCCCCACAAAAUUUGGUGGCAUUCACCGGGAACGCGACUAUGGGCGACACGGAAGAGAGAAACAUAAGGUUGAGACGUUGGAAAAAUCGCGGCAUAAAUCUCAGUCACACAUCUCGGGCAUUGAAAGGGGGAAUGUGAGCUCUUCAGAGUCUUCUGGCGACCUUAUAGGCGCUGCAAUACGCGAUAACGAAGUCCUUAUUGAGUUCGGGAAUAGUGUAGAUAACGCUGACACAAACGAACCGACAUCCUCUCCAAACAAGUUGAUAGAAAGGCCGCUUGAGGAGGGUGUCUGGGCUGAUGAUUCGUUUGCACAGUUCUUUGGUGGUGGUGGUGGUGGCGGCGGUGAAGGGCAAUUCGGAAACCCUGGACCGGUUGCCACUGAUGGGUCCCAGCGGAAUCUCAAAUGGAAAGACGGUUGGAAGUCCACCUCUGCACACAAAUUCUGUCGGAGAAAACUGAAUUACACAAUAUCAGAGGAUCGCACAAUGCAUGUGCUUGAGCGUCGCAAAGCGCGUCUGAUAGCUUUGGAGCAGCCUAAGAGCCGAGUCGUAAAAGCUGACCAGCUUGCGCAUGAACCUGGAAAUGGUCAACGGCGGAGACCCAGGAAGCGUUACCCAUGUCCCAUCGUCAGCUGCAACAAGAUUUUCUACCGAGAGAUACACCUUGGGAUUCACUUGAAUGCCCACGGAGAUGUGAAACCAUUUCGAUGUAAGAUACCAGAAUGUGGACAGUCUUUCAUGCACUUGAGCAACUUUGAGGACCACGAAAGGUGGCACACAGCAGCGCCACCUUUAUCUGCUUAA